AUGGUGAAACCGGUGAAACGCAGGAGCAAAAUCAUUCUCACAUUCCGGUUAAGCCCACCGGUUAUCACCGGCGGUAAACGAAUUUCCGGUCAUACGGUACCUUUAAUACCCAGGAAUGCGAGUUUCGAAUUACGUGAACCUGUGUCACCGAAAGUUUCAUGCAUGGGUCAAAUUAUAAAGAAGAAAAAAAUACGUAGCUUGAAGAAACUCAAACAACGUUCUUCUUCUUCUUCAAGGCCUUCACAAGCAUUUGCAGAGAAAAUCAAAAGCAAAGUUUUAAAAAGGAUAAAACUUUGCCAUAAUAAUCAUCAUACGUUAAUUGAUGAUUAUGAAGUUUCUGCGGUUGAAGAAGAUGAUGAUGAUGAUGAAAGAUCAGCUCCUUCGCUUCUGCAAAUGAGACGAUUUAAUAACGUACGUAGCACUUUAUCGGAUUUUGAUUGGACGACAAGUGAAGAAAAAGGAGUUAAAAGGAAGAGAGGUUGA